CUGGCUCUGUCAGUGUAAUUCACUGGUAAGCCGGGUUCAAGAGCGAUGGCUACUUUCGUUUUUAAGUAAAUCAAAUUUAGACUUAAAACAGUUGUUGCAAAGAAAAUAUUAACUUUUGGAAUUAGUUUUUAGGGACCGUUUGGUUCGAAAUAUUGCGUGGUUAUCGACCGACUGUGAGUGAACGGCUGGACGGAUUUCUUUGAGGGUACGUUACUUCCACCUGUGUUCAUUCGUGGUUAGCCGCUGAAAGGUCAGGUAAGGUCAAAAGUGACGUUAAACAGCUACACCGAAAAACCCGACACAAUAAGGGAAAGUCGCACCAUAUAAAACGCAUAAUCCAAAAAAGGUACAAAGCACAUUAAAUUGAUUAAGUUAAUGUAAAAAAGCAAAUAUUGUUAAACAAAUCAUCGUUAUGACAAUAACAAUUAAGUACUUCUGGGUUUUAAAUCAAUAUUGCUAAAUGAAGGACAUUUAUCGUACGUGUAGAGCUAUUCACGGAAAACAAGGCCUCGCGUUUUCUGAAAACGCUUAAUUAGAUUUAUUAAGGAAGUUUUACCGACUGUUGAAGGCAGUCUUUAUUUUGCAGCUGCAUGUUUCUUAGUGUAGUAGAUAUCAGUUGGAAAACCGCCUUUAAACCAUAAAGAUACAAUAUGACGUCACAAGCGGAUGAUGCGGCGUUAUCCGAUGAACCACCCAUGCAUCACAUAAUUUCCGGUGACGAGGAGAUUGCCCGUCUGGCCUGCCGAUUCGAAGAGCAACAGAACCAAAUUGUAUGUGAAAAUGAAGUAAAUACCAAGCCAAUACUUGCUGAAAAUGAGCAGCUAAAAGAAGAAAAUGCUGCAUUGAACUCAAGCGGACAAGAGACUGUGUACAACGAGUUUACCCGUGUUGAAAAUGAACUUGAACUGGUAAAAAACGAACUUAUCCAAAAAGAGGGGUCUAAGAUUCAACGGAUUCCUGAGCUAGAAGAAGAAAACGAAAAUUUCAUAAAAUACCUGGAAAAGGUCAAACAGAUGUACGAAGAACAGAAUAACCAUCUGACAGAAAUACAAGAAGAAAAAAGUAAAUUAGACGAUCAUAUUACUACACAGAAAGAGCGGAUUCUUGUGUUGGAAGAGGAGCGGGAGGCUUUCCACUCACAGGUUGAACAACUACAAACAAAAACAGCAAAACAGGAUGAGAGACUAAAGUCAUUGAUGAACGACAAUUAUACACUUGAGGCAAAUAUGUCGGCACAGCUUAUGCAAAUACAAUCAUCUGACGAAGAGAUACAAAACUUGCGCACAGAAUUGGUAAGUGUGCACACAACAAUUCAAAUCCAGGCGGACGAGAUUUUCCAAUUAAACAAAGACAACUCUCUUCUGGUGGAGAAAUCUUUAAAUCAGGAACUGAAACUUGAGGAAAUGAUCGAAUUGGAAGAAGAACGGAAGACUUUGCUUACCAAUUUGGAAGAUUUAAGGAUAAAGUAUGAAGAGCAAAGUGAAAAGAUGUCAAUAUUUCGGAAGAAAAGCAUCACAUUGGAUGAACUUGUCGCUACCCAGCGACAGGAGUUGAAUUCGUCAGAAAAGGAGAAGGAAGCCCUCAGUAAGGAAUUAGAAAAGAUUGAAACAACAAACAAAAAACUGAAUGACAGUCUCCGAGAAUUAACGAAAGACAAAGAGGAGACGGAGAGAAUAGUUUCCAUUGAGACAUCAGUGGAUCAACAGAUUCAUAUGAUCGAGGAAGAGAAGCAAAAACUCCAUUCAGAACAAGACAUGACGCAAGAGAAGAACGUAGAGCUUAAUAAUGAAAUUAAAGGUAUUAAGCAAGAAAAAGACGCCCUAGAAAAACGAGUCUUCAACCAGAGACAGCAACUAGAUUCGUUUGAAAAAGAGAGGCAAAAGAUGCGAGCACAGUUACAAACGAUUAAGUCCACAUCAGAAGAUCAAAGAAACCAGCUACAAAUAUUAAUGAAAGAAAAAGAUAAUCUACAUGAAUCGUUUGAUAGCAAGAUGCUUGCUUUUGAGAAAGAGCAAAACAGACUUCAAAAUGAAUUGGAGCAGCUUAAUAAGAAGAAAGAUUUACAGGAAGAACAACUUCGAGCAAGUGCGGAUGAAAAAUAUACCUUGGAAAAUAUUAUUGCCACCCUGCGCCAGGAGUUGAUUUCGUCAGAAAAGGAGAAGGAAGCCCUCGGUAAAGAAUUAGAAAAGAUUGAAACAACAAACAAAAAACUGAAUGACCGUCUCCGAGAAUUAACGAACGACAAACAGGAGUUGGAGAGAAAAGUUUCCAUUGAGACAUCAGUGGAUCAACAGGUUAUUGUCAUCGAAGAAGAAAAUCGAAAACUCCAGUCAGAACAAGACAUGACGCGACAGAUGAACGAAGAGCUUAAUAUUGAAAUUGAAGGUAUACGGCAAGAAAAAGACGCCCUAGAAAAACAAGUUUUCGACCAGAGACAGCAACUAGAUUCGUUUGAAAAAGAGAGGAAACAGAUGCGAGCACAGUUACAAACAAUCGAGUCCACAUCCGAAGAACAAAGAAACCAAUUACAAGAAUUAAUGAAAGAAAAACAUAAUCAGCAUGAAUCGUUUGAGACCAAGGAGCAGCAAAUGAAAGAAAAAGAUUUGCACUAUACCGAAACCUAUGCACACGAAAAUGAACAACUCAGAAAUGAAUUGUCAUCAGUUUUGAAGGACGAGGCGCGCUUGAGCACGUAUCUUGAUCCCAGAGCCAUCGCUGAACUGUACAAGAACCUUUAUAUAAACGUUUGGUCUCGCACUUUUGAAACAGCCAAAAACCUGACAUUCGCUGGAAACGUGAAAAACGCUGUCAUUAAAAUUAUAGAGUGUGUUGAGAUGGUCAAUACAUUUUGUAAAACAGAGUGUGGAGAAAUAAAGCGGCAUUUUAAAGAAAUGCUCGAAGGAGAAACAGCUGAUUUAAAAGCGGACGUUUUCGACGAGGCACGAAUUAUUCAAAUGAUAACUUCUGGUACAUCGGAACUCGCCUUAGGUUUGCUUGUUCAGGUAUUCAUGAAAACAUUAAAUCCUGGUUUUCAACUACAAAAGCUUGCAUAUGCAUCUCCUGUAUUCGUCCGAGAGUGUAUUCGAAUCUUUUGGCUGCUGAACGUGCAAUGGCCACAAAUCGAGACACGCACGAUUAAAGGUGGAGAUUUUAACAGAAACGUAUAUGAGACGUUUACCGAGGAGGGUGACAAAGUCGAGUAUGUUGUAUGGCCUGCCCUCAUCUACGACGAAACCGUGCUAGCAAAAGGGGUUGCCAAAUGUUACCAGUCGGCAAUUCUCACACAAGCCACUAGUCUUCCUCCAAUAGAUGUUUACCAGGAAACUUCAGACAAAGAAGAGGGUUGUUCCUCUGAUGAAGAUGGAUUGGAAGGAAAUAUGCCACGAUAUGAAGUGUUAAACGCAGCUCUAGCCGGUCUUUCGUUCACUUCAGGAGUUCAAUACAACGUUUAUACGGAGGCAGAACCAAACGACACCAAUGGGGGGGCAAAACGGUUGUAGUAUGUUGCCAGCAGUCGACAAUUUCUUUACAACGACAUAACAAACAAUUGCAGAUCCGGUGCGCGCAUUUGCAUCUCAUUUACAAACCAAAAUGGUUGAAACUGAUAACAGAGAGUCGGUAAAUGAUAGUGUAUGCAUUGUUUAAGCAUUAUGCGCAGCACGAUGCGUAUGUAACAUACAAACGUGUGGACAUUCAUUCGAUAUGUUUUUAUUAAUAUAUUUUUAAUUUGCAUUUUGUUACGAGUGUGCUAUCACAAAUUCAUGCCGUCUUACUAAACAAUAUUUGAGUGUGUGUUUUUUCAUUCCAAAUAAUUUGCUUUUUUAAUCAUUUGUUUGUGCAUUUUAUACUUUUGUUUAUGUAUUUCCAUAUUGAUAAUUAAUGAGUGAUUUUCUCGUGUACGUAUAUAUGUUAAUUAGUCAUGUAAUUCGUGUAAUUCAGGACAUUUGAUGAUGAAUACAACAAUGCACAUUACGCAUUCAAUAAUUUUUUGAGGCUUAAAGAGAUGUCCAUCAACUAAUGGUCCCAACAAGUAAUCAUAUGAAUUACUACAUACACGCAAUAUGUAAAGAUAAGAACAAAAACUUGAAAAUUACAGAUAGCCUAUACACUAUUUUCAAAGUGUGUACACAUAUCGUAUAACGUUCACGUCUUAUAAAGUGCCAACAUCGCAUGUAUUUAUUUAAAGUAUGCUAUAAAACAGAAGUUGCAUGUUGUAAUACGUAAAUACAUACAUAAUUAUUGAUAAUUUUCUGUGUUUCACAAGAAAGAUGUGAUGAAUUAUCCCUUACUCUCACAGUAUAGGUCCUCCCCAUAGUAUUGUGCCUUUAAAUAUAACGAAAAACCUUCAAGAAGUGCUGGAAAGUUAAUGAUUUUUCAGAAGUUGUCAUUUAAUUGAUAAUUAUCCAUGUCUAUGAUCACGAUCAUUCUUAUUAUUUACGAAGUUCAUUGGUAAGUAAGUCAUCUUUAUUCUAGGGUGAUGCUAUGAUAUGUAAUUACGCAACACACAAUUAUGCUAGUUUGUAUAUGGUUUAAAAGUAUCUUUAUCAAAUGUUUUAUAUGCCGCUUACUUUUGAAUAAGACAUAAACAUAUUUAAAGAACAACAUGA